AUGGAGGACACCGAGAGUUUCACACUGCUGCCCAUCCGCCUCGAUCCCACGUCAAAAGCUAUAACCUCCACCUCCAACUCACGCGCUCUUCAAGAAGAACUCGCUACCUUGAACAACCUCCACCGCUCCCUGCUUAGCAUCGAAUCUCCAGUCCCACCUCCUCCGAUUCCCGUGAAUCCAAAACGCUCUGCCAACAUCACCAAGCUUCGAGAAUCAGGAAAUACCGAAUUCCGCAAAGGCAAGCAUCAAGAAGCCAUAAAGUUCUAUGGUCUCGGAUUACAGAUGGCUCUUACCCGACCUCUGUGGGAACCUCAGGGAUUAGUGAGAGAUGAGGUUGCGGGCUUGUAUGCCAAUCGAGCCCAGGCGCAUAUGGCCAUGAUGAACUGGGUCGAAGGGGCGGUGGAUGCGGAGGCUAGUGUCGAGGCCAAGAGGGUGGGAAAUGCGAAGGCUUGGUGGAGAAGGGGUAGAUGUUUGUUGGAGAUGGGCAGGCUGGAAGAAGCGAAGGAAUGGGUCGGACGGGGGCUCGAGAUGGAGGGCAAUGAGGCCGAUUUAGUAGGGCUUUUGAAGGAGAUUGAGGAGAGGAGGAAGAGGGCUUGA